AUGGGUCUCACUACUGGUGUCACAUCUGAUGGAAGGCUCGGCAGAAAGCACAAGAGUGCUGAAAAGUGGGCCAAGAUGGAGGAAAAGAGGGUGCAAAGGGAACAAGAGAGAGCUGAGAAAGCUGCCAUCAAGAAUGACAGAGGAAAAAGCUUCUUGCUUUCACCCUCUUCUUCCUCCUCCUCCGGCGACGGCAUGUCGUUUUUCCUCUCCCCCUCCAACUCCACCCUCGGCGCAUUUCUCGGCCUCCUCAACUUCUCCACGUCACCACCCCCCGCAUUCACCGCCGUGGAAUUCGACACCAAGAUGGACCCACACUUUUCCGACCCGAACGACAGCCGCGUCGGCCUUGACAUCGCCUCCAUCAAGACCGCCGACCCCAUUAACCAGGACGUUGACCUCAAGAACGGCGCCGCCGUCACCGCCUACAAGAACGACCAAGAAACCCUCAAGCCGCCGACCCCGGUCCUCACCGUCGCCAUCGAUCUUUCCGGCUACCUGAAACAGAUCAUGUACGUCGGCAGCACAGAGCUUCACCAGGUCGAGAAUCGGAGCUCCUGGUUGUCGAGCUUCAUUUCGGCGAGGCCCACAGGCCACAGCGUAUCCGAUACGUAUGACAUUGUUAGUCCAAGGCUGCCGGCGCCGAAUUCCGGCGAUAGCCGCCGGAGAAUGGGGUUGGGGCUCGGGAAUUUCGGGGUUUUGAGUUUCAAGGCGGAGGUGGUGGCGGGGCCGAGGCAGGUGUUUGGUUAUAGGGAGCUGGAGGCAGCUACAGGGGGGUGUCAUCCGAAUAGGGUUGCAGAGCUGUCGAUUGUCGCUUGCUUAAAGGCACAAGAAUCUUGUGCAUUUGGAGGGCUGGUGUGUCGAGAAGGGCGACUGCUGCUCGUGAAUGGGAGCCUAGAGAGGGUGUUGUAUCAGGAUAUGAGUGAGCUUUGCCUGAUCCGAGGUUGGCUGGGGAGUUUGAUGAGGAAGCUGCUGCUUGUCGGUUUGAGUUGUGCAAUCCGGAUAGCUCCAAGAGGCCUACAAUGA